UCGCGAAAAUCUGAUGCUGAACUUGAAAAUACAAGCACGGUUAGUAAGGGCAUUGGAAAGCAAGACUUUGCCCUUAUGACCACCGAGCAAUUGAGAACUUACGCCAGAUUAUUCGCGGAGACGGUAACCAAAGUCUCUAAUAAUCAACUUGAUGACAGCUGCGGUUGA